AUGCCGGCCCUGCCGUUACCUCCACGUAAGUCAUGUGAAUACUGCCAUCUUUGCAAUGGGUCUCGAAAGCGGAAGUAUGUCGAGGAUGAGGAGAAGCCUGCAGACCUCGAUGUUGAUUGCGGGAGCACAGAAGCAGGGGAGUCGCAACCCGCACUCAGCGCGUUUACCGAGGAUACCAGCAAGUCAGAGGUCAAAUCGGAGUUGUCUGAGCCCUCCCACGACGACAUGCUUGACCUGAUCUCUCGCCUCUGGCUGACGCCCAAGACAGUCGAGCCAGUCAAGGCCCUGAAAAGCUUCCUAAAGCUCUAUGGCCGUUUAUGGCCAGGAAGCAAAUCAUGCAAGGCCGCAACGAAGGCCGCAAGGAAGCGAGUGAAGCGAAGGAAGCGACAGCAGCCUGCGCAGCCUGACAAGCGCAAGCCCAACGAGCCGGAAGAGCCUCCGAAUAAACCUGUCAAGGAGCCUGAGAGUGAAGCAACGCAAGGAAGAAAUGGCUGGAACCUGAUCCGUGAGGUCCCUGUCUGUGAGGUCCCUGUCUCGGAGCUUCGCUACUCCCAGCGCACCUGCGGUGCUUUCUUCAGAUGUGGCAGGAAAUGCCUAGACCUGGUGCAGGACUUGCACGCUGGGAAGGUCGACCCCAGGAAGGCCGACUUCCUCAUUUUGGAUGUCUUCAGGAAGAAGGACAGUCGGGGCCGGCCAGUACUGUGGUCAGCUGAUAACCGCCGGCUCUAUGCGCUGAAGUUGUUCCAACAGUACACGAAAGGUCAGGUCAAGGUUCGAGUGCGUUGGCAGGGCGACUUCAGUGCGCUCAAACGCUUCGAGCGCAACUUGGACACAGACUCGGAUGGUGUGAAAAUCCGCUUCCGACCGGAUUCGCACAGAUUCUUCAGGGACUCUGCCCGGCAAGCGCGGCCAGCAAGGCGACGGCGCACCAGAUACUGA